GGCAAUCCUCACCACAUUCUCUCAUGGCUCCUCCAUGGGUUCAAGAACUCCAUCUCAAUCCCAUGACUAUUCCAGUAACCAUUGUCAACAAAUUCUCCGUUACUCCAUCGAAGCCUAUUCCGGUUAAACUAGGCGAUAGCUUAUACCUUUCAAACCUCGAUGACCUGAUUGGAGCGCGCGUGUUCACUCCGACCGUGUACUUUUAUCAAUCAAACAACUUAAGUUCUUCCCAAAAACCAGUCAUUAAAGUACUUGGCCGCGCUCUUGCAGAUGUUUUGGUUCCUUAUUACCCUCUCUCAGGAAGGUUAAGAGAGACCAAAAGCGGUAAAUUGGAAGUAUUUUUCGGAGAAGAACAAGGAGCAUUAAUGGUAGAAGCAAGAUCUAACAUUGCUUUAUCUGAAUUAGGAGAUUUUGCAGCUCCAAACCCAUCUUGGGAACCAUUGAUUUUUAAAUUCCCUAAUGAAGAACAAUACAAAGUCCUAGAAAUGCCACUUGUUAUAGCUCAGGUUACAUUAUUCACAUGUGGUGGAUUUAGCCUUGGUUUAAGGCUUUGUCAUUGUAUCUGUGAUGGAAUGGGAGCUAUGCAAUUUCUAGGAGCAUGGGCAGCAACAGCAAAAUCAGGAACAUUGGUAACAGAACCUGAACCCUGUUGGAACAGAGAGAUUUUCAAGCCUCGUGAUCCCCCUGUAGUGAAAUUUCCUCACAUGGAGUUCAUGAGAAUUGAUGAGGGUUCAAACUUAACAAUGAAGCUAUGGAAAACAAAGCCGGUUCAAAAGUGUUACAGAAUCAAACGUGAGUUUCAAAACCAUUUGAAAGCAGUUGGUCAGCCAUUUGAUGAUGCAGGCUGCACUACAUUUGAUGCAAUGGCAGCACAUAUUUGGAGAUCAUGGGUUAAAGCUCUUGAUGUGAAGCCUCUUGAUUACCAAUUAAGGUUAACAUUUUCAGUUAAUGCUAGACAGAAGCUUAAAAAUCCACCAUUGAAACAAGGGUUUUAUGGUAAUGUGCUUUGUAUUGCUUGUACAACAAGCAGUGUUUCUGAGCUUGUGAAUGGGAAAUUACCAGAGACUACCCUUUUGGUUCGUGAAGCUAGACAGAAUGUAACAGAGGAAUAUUUGAGAUCAACUGUUGAUUAUGUUGAGGUUGAUAGACCAAAACAACUUGAGUUUGGGGGUAAACUUACAAUAACUCAAUGGACAAGAUUUUCAAUUUAUAAAUGUGCUGAUUUUGGAUGGGGUAAGCCAAUUUAUGCUGGUCCUAUAGAUUUAACACCUACGCCUCAAGUUUGUGUUUUUUUACCAGAAGGGGAAGGUGAUUCUUGUUGCGGUUCUAUGAUUGUUUGCAUUUGCUUGCCUGAAUCUGCUGCUCACAAGUUUACACAAGCCUUGUUGAUUGAUUCGGUGUUGACCCAUACAAGUGGAUUUAAUUAGUUCAUAAUACUGUCAAUAAAGCAGCAACAUUGAUGUGUUUUGCAUGUAAUUUUUCCUUUUUAAGAGUUAACUAGAUUAUGGCCC